AUGGAUAGGAAUUCACAUUCAAGAAACGGUAAAAGCCCCAUUUCAAGUUCUAACAAUCUUGGAGAUUAAAAAGAAUUGAAUCAACACGAUUAUAUUUUUUCGUUAGAAAGGGUUUAAUAGCAGAUCCCAAUACCUUAAAACUUUCCUCCUAAAGAACAAAGUUUAUUAUAGAUGUUUAAUGCAGAAUUGUUUACAACUGAGUAUUUAAUUGAGUAUCUUUAUAAAAAAUUUGAAACACCAGGCGUGCAUGAAUAUUUAGUUAACAAGUUAUAUGCUGUACCUCACUACGAAAUGGAUUUCUACAUAAGUUUCAUAGUAUAUUUAGUUAUUACCAGACCAUCUGUUUAUUUAGAAUAAUUUUUAGCAAGUCUCUCAUAAUAGAACCUCUCCUUUUAUCUAAAGAUGCUUUGGAUCCUUCAAGCCUACAGUGAUAGUUGCAAGUUGAAAUCAUUUAAAGGUUGGCAAGAGCGUAUGGAAAAAUUGGAAAGAUUAAUUGAAAUGGGCAUGGUCAAUAGUGCAGUGAACAAUGAUUUGCUUAUGUAGGCCUAAAAAGAAAACAUCACCGAGGAAGAAACAUAAUUAAUCCUAGAAAAGUUUAAAGAUAAGGAACACCGUUCAAAUUACAAUAGCACUCUCAACAAAUUUAUUAGCAACAUUAUCAAAAUAUCUAUUUAUCUAAAGCAGUAUUAAGAAAAUGAAAGGAAAUAGAGACUUAGAGAAUAUAUUGAAAAAUUAAACAAUUUUUUGCAUCAAAAUAGGAUAAAUCAAAAGGGAAUUAUAUACUUUUAGGGAAUACUUAUACCUUUCUCUAAGCAAUAAGGAGAAGUCUUUCACUCUAACUUGGUAGUUAAUAUAGUCGAAGAUGAGUUUAUGUGCUUCAACACUAAAAAGAGAGCUCCUUAUAAAAUUGUAUUUGAAACAGUUGACAUGGAUGAGAUGAAAGAGCAUAUGUAUUAUUUUGAGAAAUUAAAUAGAAAGAAUUCUGUAGAAUCUGACGAAAUGGAGGAAUUAUAAUAGGUUAAAGCUGAUAAAAUAGAUGAAGUAGAUAAAGAAAAAUUUAGAGGAUUGGCAAAAUGGGCAGAAAUCAUGAAAAAAGAGGAGUAAUCAAAAUAGAAAAAAAGCAUUAUAUAAAAGCUGUUAAAUGUAUAGAAAAAUGAUAAUAUUGAAGUGGAGCAUUAUACUAUCCACAAAUUAGAUACAUUAGUGUUAUAAGUUUAGCAAGGUACUUUGAGAAAUUCUUCUCCUAAAAAGGUUCAUUAGGUCGUUAAGCAGACUUCUAUGGAUCCAGACCGUCUAUAAAAAUUUGAAGCAAAUAUUAAAGUCUUUAACAAAAAUUUUCCUUAAAAGUAAAAUGUUAAUCGCAGAAAUUCUCUUGCUACAAUUUGUUACAACCCAGUUCAUAUUGAAGGAGCUAAGAUUAAAUAACGCAGAAAAUCAAUUAGGGAUUUAAAAAUAAAAGAUGCUAUUGAUUUAUUUAGAUUUCUCAAACAAAAUUACUAAAAUAAAUAUUAAUUUAUCAAUAAAAUUUACAAAUAUUUGCAUUACGAUGUCAUUGAACAAACAGUAUACACUCAAAAUCCUGAUUAAGAUCUAAAGGAAAUACAAUUCCCUCGUGUUUUUGGUCCUUGGGGAGAGUUAUGGGAAGAUAAAUAGUAAGUGAUUAAAGAAUAAUCUCCCUUCAGAAUCCUUAAAAGUUAUAAAUUGAGACCUUUUAUUAUCAAGGGAGGUGACGAUUUAAGAUAGGAGCUAUUGAUUAUGUAGCUUAUCUAAAAAUUCCAUGAAAUCUUUAAAUAAGGAGGAGUUCCUUUAUAUUUAAGGCCAUACGAAAUUAUUGUAGCUUCAGAAAGCUCAGGCUUUAUAGAAUUUUUACCAAAUACUUUGAGUAUCGAUGCUUUAAAAAAGAAAUACCCUAAGUUUACUAAUUUAUAUGAGUUCUAUCGUAGAACUUUUAAUGACUAUUUUGAAGAAGCACAAAAGAAUUUCAUAGAAAGUUUAGCUGGUUAUUCUUUAAUUUGCUAUUUAUUAUAAAUCAAGGACAGACACAAUGGUAACAUUUUGAUUGACAAUCAAGGUCAUAUCAUUCAUAUAGAUUUUGGUUUUACUUUGUCUAUUGCCCCAGGUGGAAUCAAAUUCGAAACUGCUCACUUCAAGCUUACAAAUGAAUAUGUAGCUUUAAUGGGAGGUAGAAACUCUGAUUAAUUUGGGUACUAUAAAUCUCUACUAGUUAGAGCAUUUAUAGAAAUCAAAAAGCAUGUUAAUACAAUUUGUAAUCUAGUUUAAAUAAUGUGCGACUAAUCAAAUCUACCCUGCUUUGAUGAGUUCGACAUGAUACAAUUUAGAGGAAGAUUUAAAGAAAAUUUCACAGACAAAGAGUUUAUUGACUAUGUAGAUGAAUUAAUUAAAGGAAGCUGCGAUAAAUGGAGCACCAAUUAAUAUGAUAAAUUUUAAUUAAUGCAAAAUGGUAUCUUGCCUUGA